AUGGGACGCACGCUGGUGCCACAGAGCACGAACGACCCCGAAGAUUCCGACAUGCUCGCCCGCGUCCUCCGCAGCCUGCAGCGCCCAACGCCGAUGGCCGCCCGCGCCUUCAGCGACGCGCCCAAGAGCUUCGUGCCCGAGCAUGACAAGCCACAUGCGCGCGCCAUCAUCGUAGACACGGUGCUGGAUGACGACGAAGAUGAAGACGACUACGAAGAGAUGGUCACGAUUGGCCCCGCCGGCACGGAAUGGGGCGGCCCGUCGCGCGGGUCGCUGCAUGAUUUCUAA